AUGGACCCCGCGGGAUUCGCGCCCGUCUGCCGCGAGCUGUACUCGCUGGCGGUGCUGGAGCGGCCUGAGGUCUGCGUGUCGCGUGGCAUCCACCUCGGCGUCCGCUCCGAAAGGCUGCUCAACACAGUUUUCAAAUGUGUGCGCGUGCGCCUGCUCGAUGUGUCCGGCUGGGAGCGCUGGAACGACCGUCUUGUGCAGCGUCUGGCUCUGUGCCACCGCAUGGGCCAGUUCCGCUGUCUACGCGCCCUGCUGAUGCGCGGCUGCAACGAGGUGUCCAACAGCGCCGUCAGCGGGCUGCUGGAAGCACUGGGCGGCGAGUUGCGGUACCUCGACCUUAGCGACUGCGCCAAGCUGGGAUUUGCAUGUCUUCCACCCACGCUUGUCAACCUGAAGGUGCUCCUGAUAGGGUACCAGCGCAAACGCGGGAGCAUCGCGGAUGGCGACUUGCUGGCCCACAUCGUGGGAGGAAGGCGCCUAGUUGCGCCGCGUCUGGAGUGGCUCUCGCUGCAGAACAGGCUCGAAGUCAAAUCGCUGCGGGGGAUCGGACGCCUGGCCCCUACCCUGAGGGUGCUGGAUCUGCGCGGGUGCAGCGAAAUACCUGCAGACGAGUACACGCACUGCGCGUCGUUGCCGCGACUGGAGGAACUUUACGCGGGCACUGCGCUAACUAGCGAGGUGUUGUGCAAUAUCGCAAAGGGCUGCCCUGCCCUCAGGGUGCUUGACGUGUCGGGCUCGGACGUCUCCCCGGACUGCGUCAACGCCAUAUGCAGCAAUCUAAAGGCUCUGGAGAAGCUCAAGCUUACGAAGUGCACGGCGCUCACCAACCAAGGCGUUGGCCGACUGCUCGAAGCGCUGCCCGCGCUGAGCCUGCUGGACGUGUCGCACUGCUGGAAACUCUCAGACUCCCUGGCAAACGCCCUGCCGCCGAUCGCGUCGAAAGGUACGAACUGUACUAUUCACUUAUAUUGUUCCAGCAGGCGAGUUAAGCUUGGGGGUUUACAACUGCUCGAUCGACCACACACGCCUGGCAAUGGCGAUGGAGGACCGGCGUGCCCCGACAUCUGGUGCGGUUCGCAUUUUGCGCCACCAGGAGUUAAAUGUCGUCCCAUCAGCGUCGAAGCACCUUAG